GUUAGCAUUCAAACACUUGUUGGCAGAGAAGACUAAAGACAAAACCAUACAAAAUGCAAUCAUCGGUUUCUUCUAGGCUGAUUAUACUUGGCUUAAUGUUGGCGAUUACGAAUGAUGUUCAAGCCGAGAACAAAACUAUACACAAGGAAACAGCAACUCAUUUAAAUUCCACAGUGGCUUCCACAGUCCCCACUACAGAAGACACUGAAACAACUGCAAGAAUAUCCAAUAAGAAGAAUGAAACCAUCACUCAAUAUCCAAAUGAAACAAAUCCAGUAGAUGUUUUAUUUAGCACCACCACACCGCUCCCAUCAGUAUCUUCAACUACCAGGGCUGAGACCUCUGUGACAACCAGUACUCAAGAAUCAACCACAACACAAGACAAUUUACAAGAUAAGGCUGGAUUUAUAAUUUUAGGAGCCUUUAUCAUCGCCAUUAUUCUAAUUGUGAUCAUAAUUGUGUUUUUACGCAAAAAGACUCGGAGAUACUCUUUUGACCUGUACCGCAAAAAUCAUGAAGAUGCAGGAAUCCCUCUAGGUACUGUGGAGGGAGAGGGAGCUUUUGAGGCUAUUGCAAGCAAAGAGAAUUCAGGCUUUGACAAUGGAAAGGAAGAAAAGGUUGUUAAUGACACAAAGGCGUCUCCAAAGACAUCUACAUCUGGGAAUGGUCAAGAAAAGCCAGAGACUGUGUCAAACCCAGGAGAAGCAGCAAAAAAGCCAGAAGAUGAGGUGACUGAGCUCCCAGAAGACUUUUCUCAAGUCACCUUCACUCCAGAAAACACCUCCAUUAUGUUCAACUUGGAGACAAACGAUUCUGACUCUUCAAAGUCCAGCAAAACGUCCGUUGAGUCUUUGGAAGACCAAAAGAAUGAAAAUAACAACAACAGCGUGGCCGGCCGAUUGGCGUCUAAUAGCUCUUGCAACCCAUUCUAUGGCAAUCCUUCGUUCUCUGUUGUAACAUACAGGAAAAAUGAGUCAAGUUUGGAGUCAGAGAGGUCAGUUUGGAAGACCAACUUCUGCCUUGAUGACAGUCAAGCAACCAACAACGCUGAAGAUGUCAUUGUUAGCGUUAAGAUUGCACCAACAGUAAACGGUGAAGAGGGCAGGGCGCCUUGUUCUGGAGACUGGCCGGAAGGUGCCCAGGACAGCUGUUUUACUGAGAUCCAGCUGGUGCAGGCUUCUUGAGAGAAUUCUGCUUUCUUAACGGUAGCGUGACUUAAACCUGAUGAAAGAAGAUAAGAAAAGUCAGAAAACAUGUAAGAAAGAGCAUUGAUACCUAGGAUUCUUUUUUAAACAAUGAACAAUGUUAGUGGAACUUGUUUUUUUAAUUUUAUUUUACACAGCGUUUAACAUGGAGUUUGAUAAGGUCUUGUAUUGCCAACUCAAGUUUUCACUUGUAAAGAGGAAGUCACAUACUGAUACAGGUUUUUUUCUUUUGCUAUACUUUCCUAAUACGGCUAAAAAUCUGGUUUAAGAUUUUCUUUAUAUUCUGUAUAUAAUUGUUAUAAUCAAUAACUAGUGUAUUACCUAUGCUGCAUUGCUUCCAGUAUAAACUGGAUAAGUUAAAUAGCAACAUAGGGUACAGAUCAUUCACUCCCAAGAGUUUUUUUUUUUUAAAUCAAUAAAAUUAAAUACAAAGACAUCACAAAUAAGCUUGCAAAAUCAUAUCACAAAAAGGGAGAUUAAACCAAUUAAAGACAGACACUUCUAGCUCUCUAGUAUGGUAAUAAAUAAAUAAUAAUGGUAACAAUUAUAUAAAAAAUAAAAUAUAGAGUACAGUAUAUGAAAUACAUAUAUAAUGUUUUUUAAAUAAAUGUUUUGGUUUUUUUUAGAACAUACCAGCACCAAUAUUAUGUGACUUACAUGGUAAGUGUAUAUAGUGUUUAGAUAGUGGAAGAUAUGUGGGUAGUUUACUGCAAUUAAUAAUAUUGUUCUUUUGCUGUGGAACCUGUAACAUCCACAGUUGCAGACAAGACCUAUAUUUUCUGUCUUAUUAUAAUAUGCCUGUCCUACCAACUAUCAGUCGUCUCAGUAUUUCAACCCAAACAGUUUGUGCAUGGUUUAUUUCACAAAACAAUAUCAUAAGAACAUAAGAACAUAAGAAAGUUUACAAACGAGAGGAGGACAUUUGGCCCAUCUUGCUUGUUUGGUUGUUUGUAGCUUAUUGAUCCCAGAAUCUCAACAAGCAGCUUCUUGAAGGAUCCCAGGGUGUCAACUUCAGCAACAUUACUGGGGAGUAUAAGAACAUAAGAAAGCAUAAGAACAUAAGAAAGAUCAUUUGGCCAAACAUAUAUAAGAAAGAUCAUUUGGCCAAACAUCUUUUAAACAGUUUAUAAAUCUGAAGCAUUUGUGAUGGAAAAGACUUUUAAAGUGGGAAAAGUGUAAUUUUGGAGGAAAGGGUAAUGAAAGUGAUUAAAAUAUUGCUCUAUGAAAUGUGUACAGAAGUUAGCAAUAUGGCACAAAUUUGAGGACUACUGUUCUUAAGCUCAUUUUUUAACUAUAUUUUACUGUUCGUCAGCUACUUCUUAUUUCCUUAAGUUAGUUCCUUACAAUAGUACAUGUUGUUAGAUUAUUUUUAAUUAAAAUAAAUAAAUAAUUGUUGGUAGUGAUAAAUAAAUACCUAAGCACUGUAUACACAAGAGUAAGUACUGUAUACACUUUGUCUUAACAUAACAAUUCUUUUGAAUUACAUCUGUGUCAUUAUCUUGUUUUUUCACUUUAACUAAAUUAUCUAAAUUUAGUUAAAGUGCAAAGUUGGAAUCAAACACUUAUGUUGAGUAUAGUAUUGCUAGUACUAAAAAUAUGAAACAAAUGUAAAUACUAAGAUAAUCAGGUAAAGAGAUUUGUUAAUUAUGUUCUGUUAUGUAAUACUGUAUAAUGUGUGAGAGAAACAUGAUAGUGUCUAGAAGGGGAUAUACACAUUAUUGUAACUGCUGUUUAAAUAUAGCUCAAUGUGGGAAUUUUGUUGUGUGUUUCUUAUUAUUUCUUAAUGUAUACAAGUUUGCUUUUGGGA